CUGUCCGGGGUGACACGAGUAGGAAAUGUCGAGACGUGACUGCAACCAAACAGCACAUCAAAAUGUGACAGAGUGAGGAGCACCUUAAAUGUUGUUAAUUUCACUAACGUAGAAGAUGUUCCCUGGCGUCAUCUAUGCAUUGCUGGCAGGGUUCCUGGGGGCCGUGGCCUCCUCGUCUGCGAAGCUGUCCCUGGGAGCCGACUACCUCAAGGGGGUCUGUGAAACGGGGCUCAAAACGUGGGGCGGAGAUGAGAGGCACUUCAGGAGGGCGGACGACACCACAGCCUGCGACUGGCUUCACAUUCCCCUGCGGCUGGUGUGUGGUGGGCUGCUCUUCACCUGCAACGCCGUGAUGUGGACCUUCUUCGCCAAAGCGCUCAGGUACUCUUCCUCUUCUGCCAGAGCCACUCUGACCACCACCGCUUCCAAUUUCAUAUCUUCAGCUUUCUUAGGGCAGCUCAUCUUUGGGGAGACCCACGCCGUGCUGUGGUGGGUGGGGAUCUCUCUCACUCUCUCAGGGCUCCUGGUGCUUCACCGGGCGGCUCCCCGCCCCCCAGGACCGGCCCCAGUCCAGAAGGACGAGUGAAGGGCGGUGGAGGACAUCGGCAUUUUACGAAGGAAAUGGAAAUCUUUUUAACGGUCACUGCUAACGGCCACAAGAGAUAAUAAAAUUGGUCCUUUUUACUUGCACGUCUACGGGCAUUGGGCAUAUCAUCCUUCUUUUUGACAACAAAGCUUUAUAGUCUGUUACGGAACGAAAGCACCUGUGGGUUUCGUCCACUGUAAAGGUUUGGCUGGCUGUGUGACCGUGGUGCUGUGCCAGUCGGUGUUGGUAACUGGCGUGGGUGAGCCAGUUCAUCUGCUUUACAUUCACGGUCGUCCUCGGAUGCGCUUAUGGAUGCAAACUGGGUGGAUCAGAUUUGCCGGUUUGGAAAGGGACCAACUUUAUAAUCACCCGUCAGGUUUUGUACUGGUUGUCAGCUGGCUAACAGCGCUGCUGGUAGUCGGGCAUGACUCCGUCAUAAUCUUUCUCAUGCAUGCUGAGCUCUCCGAGACCUUUAUCCCAAAACACUGUGAAGGGGUGAGCAGGGCUUCGUUUCUGUGUCUGCUUUCACGGAAAUGAACAUAAAGUCGAAACAAACGUGUUGUUUUGCUUAGUAAGUUGGGUUUUUUUUAUAUAAGCAUGCAAUAAAAGGACAAAACUUAAACUUGAUAGAUAGUUACUGAAAAACCCUACUUUUGUAACUGUCCUGACCCAGCUGUCUCUUCCCGGAUUGAUCGGAAAGAUUUCUCUCUCCAGUUUCCAGCUAUGGAGACAAUGCACACCAACCUCCAUGACCGUAUGAGCACUGAUGAUGCGGCACUCCAGCAUUUAAAGUGAACUACUACAUGUCCUGGACACGAAACUGGAAACUUUACCGAUGUAAAGUCGCUAAACAGGGUCUUAGGCCACCAUGUCUGUAUACUGGGGUAUAGAGUGUACCAGCGUCAGCAAUUGUGCGGGAGGGAUGCGGCACCAUCGUUCAACCAAAAAGUCAAAUGGGCUCAUGCCUGUUUCAAAGGCGCCGGCGUCCCCUGUCGUAGCCAUGCGAGGUGUAACCGGGCCGGUCCGCCAUAUUUAUACAUGGCCCUGAGCAUGCUGGGAUGUUAUUGGCUUCAUUAAUGCAUGAGCUACACCUGUGUGGCAGCCCUUGUUUCAGUGUACUUGGUGUCCUUCACUUACCCAGACGUUUCCAGUUUUUCUGUCCCCUACGUAUACAUACAGAGCCUCGCACUGCAGGGUCUCUUAUAUUUUUGCAAAUAAAUGUUAUCACAGAUAUAUUCUAAGAUUUCCCUAAGUAACAUUUCUACCUAAGCUAUUUCGCCUAGCAUGCAGAAUGAAUCUGGUGUUAAUGCUACAUUGAUGUAACCUGCAUCUAAAGCAUCACAGUCGAAGGUUUGGAACAGCCGGAAAAGGCUUUAGUCUUUACUGUAUUGCAUUUCCCUCUCGUUACAUUAACCUUGUUCUGUGACCCUUGAAAACAUGUUUUGGUGGUUAGCUGUACAGCUCUCUGUGACUUUGUCUGUUUAAAAAGUCUAGUUUAUGAAGUGUACAUUAUAUUGUAAGAGUCUCUAGAUGUAAAAAAAUAUUUUCAAUGUUUCGUGUUUAAGGCAAUAUAAGACCUUUGACUUUGUCUUCCAAAUUAAGAAUCUCGCAUGGUUGAUUGGCACUCUGCUCUGCUUGGAAGAAAAGGAACAUAUUGGCUGGUUGAAUGUUUUCUCAAGGCUUAGUAUGCUCCCUCACAAGUUCUGUGUAAUUGCCAUACCCUAAUCACACCCAAUGGCAGAAUUUCAAAAAAUAACAUUAAUGCAACGAACAACACCUUUUCUGUGUGUAGUGUGGUCUGAGAAUCAUCGCUGCUGUUACACUUGAACCUAAAAAUACAAUGGUCCCAGUAAAGAAACAUAAUAGAUUAACACCUUUGUUUAAAAAAGAAUAUUUGUUAAAGGGGUGGAAGGUUCAGUUUAAGUUAUGCCAAACCCUUUAAUUACUUAUGUGGAACCUGUUUAAUACAUACAUUUGUAAAAUGUAAAUAUAUGUAUUUUUUUAAGUAAUUUUUAAAAUGACCUAUUAAAGGGGACAUUUCAUUCUGUUUAAGAAAGGAAGAAUCUGGUGCAGACGCUUAAAUAAACAUACGUUUGAGAAUCA